GAGUCUCGUUGUCGACGAUUAGGGUCUUUUGGGAACGAAACUCUCCCUGACGAAACUCGUAAGCCCGCCACGAUGGUGCUCAAGACUGAGAUGUGCCGCUUCAGCGGAGCCAAGAUUUACCCAGGAAGGGGUAUCAGAUUCAUUCGAAGUGACUCGCAGGUGUUUCUCUUCGUGAACUCCAAGUGCAAGCGAUACUUCCACAACAGGUUGAAGCCAUCGAAGCUCUGCUGGACCGCCGUCUACAGGAAGCAGCACAAGAAGGAUUUGACCUCGGAGGCGGUGAAGAAGAGGAGGAAAACCACCAGCAAGCCCUACUCCAGAUCUAUCGUCGGCGCUUCGUUGGAGGUCAUCCAGAAGAAGCGAACGGAGAAGACUGAGGUCCGUGCUGCAGCUCGCGAAGCUGCCCUCCGCGAGAUCAAGGAGAGGAUCAAGAAGACCAAAGAUGACAAGAAGGCGAAGAAGGUCGAGGCCGUGACCAAGACCUCGAAGGGAAGCAACAAGCCCGCAGCCACUAGGGCAGCGGCUCCUAAGGCUAAGUCUACAGGCGCUGGUGGCAAGCGUUGAAGAUCUCAACCGGUUUGAAGAGUUGAAUCUUGCUUAGUUUUGCCAGGACCUGGACCGAUUUCGAUUUCUAGGGAACCUUGAGUAAAUGUCAUACUGUCACCAUAGCUGUAACCAAUUUUUGAACUUUAUAAUUGAUAUGGAAUGUUGAGUCUCACCCGGCUUUUCUAGGACCUGUACGUACUUUGCUUCCUAUCGCCUGAGUGUUUGUCAUACCGUCACAAGAUUUGUAUCCGAGGUAAGUCUACGUCGUUAGAGUUUAGGUUUUGCUGAGUUUUUGCAGAAACCUAACAUUCAUCGAGGAUAGUUGAUGAAUAUGUGCCUUGUAGCCGCCAUCAGAUUCGCUGCACCAAAGUGAUAAAUCGCCCCGUAGAUCAGAGGAUUUUUUUGCCGAGCUUUAUUCGCAGUCACCAGUAACCAGCCUGUGUGAAGCUUGAAUAGAAUAGCUUCACUAGAAGCUUGUGUGUGCAUCUAUGUGGUUAUGGAUAUUAUCUGGAAAAGCUUACUCCUGAUUGGCCUCG